UAACUCUAUAGUAAUUUAUUUAAGUAAAAGAAAUUGAUUUUUCUGACAUAUGACACCGUGGGAGGACUGUUUCUUAGACCAUGAAAAAUAAAAUUGUAAUUGAAAAUAAUAAAAAGCCAUUUCCCUGGUCGUUGACCAGUCAACCCAAAAAUUAGACCCACAAAAACCAAACCAAACCCACAGCACUACAAUGCCCUAAAAGCACACACCUCAGCUCAGCUCAGCUCUCCCUUCUCCGUUGUCUCCUUCUUCUCUCUCUUUUUCUUCACUCAAUUCUCUGUACAAUUGGUUUCCUCCUCAAGUUUGUUCAUUUCUGUAUGUAUGGGUGGCAAUGGCAAAUCCCGGUGGAAAUUUCUCUUCCCCCAUCGUCGUAAUUCUAGGCUUCAAUCCAACGAUCCUCCUAAAGAGUUCCUUUGUCCUGUUUCUGGUUCGUUAAUGGCGGACCCUGUUGUCGUUUCUUCUGGACAGACGUUUGAGCGGGUUUCUGCUCAGGUUUGUAGAAAUUUAGGGUUCUCCCCUGUGUUAGAUGAUGGUUCUAAGCCGGAUUUCACUACUGUGAUUCCUAAUUUAGCUAUGAAGAAGACAAUUCUUCAUUGGUGUGAGAAGUCCGGUGCUCGGAAUCUUCAACCGCCUGAUUACACCUCCGUUGAAAGCCUUGUUACUGCAUUGAUGGAGAAGGAGAAACCUCAAGGCGGGAUUGGGGAUUCCUCGGAUAGGGAUUUGUUAGAGGGGGUAUCGGAUUUGCCGCCAGUGGAUUUCUCGCACGCUGCGACGGAGUAUGGACACCGUCCCGAACGGUUUUACACCAGCUCGUCGGAGGAGUCAGUCGUCGUUGGGGGAAGCCCGGGACCGUUCACGACUCGACCUGCGUGUUACUACUCGUUUUCGUCUUCUUCGUCGGAAACUGUGGAAAACGAAGCGCUCAUCCAAACCCUAGGCCCGAAUUCAUCGAUUUCCGAAGAUGAGAAGAAUUUUUUAACGAAGCUCGAGAGUCCCGAUGUGUUUCAGCAAGAAGAAGGCGUUGUUUCGCUAAGAAAAAUCACGAAAGCCGAUGAGAAUAUUAGGGUUUCCCUUUGUACGCCUCGGAUUCUUUUCUCUCUCCACCGGUUGAUAAAGUCGAGAUACCCCAAAGUGCAGAUCAACGCCGUCGCCUCUCUUGUAAAUCUCUCCCUCGAAAAGCCGAACAAAUUAAAGAUCGCCCGGUCAGGAUUGGUUCCAGACUUAAUCGAUGUGCUUAAAGGAGGACAUUCCGAAGCUCAAGAACACGCCGCCGGAGCGCUCUUCAGCCUAGCUUUAGAGGAUGAAAAUCGGAUGGCGAUCGGAGUUCUCGGCGCGCUACCGCCACUCCUUUACGCACUCCGAUCGGAAAGCGAGCGAACUCGAGACGAUUCAGCUCUGUGUCUCUACAACCUAACAAUGAUUCAGAGCAACCGAGUGAAGCUUGUCAAACUCGGCGCCGUAACGACUCUACUUUCCAUGGUGAAAUCAAGAAACUCGACGAAUCGACUGCUAUUAAUCCUCUGUAACAUGGCCGUGUGCCAGGAGGGAAGGUCCGCAAUGCUAGACGCCAACGCCGUCGAACUUUUGGUCGGAAUGCUGAGGGAGAAAGAGCUGAACUCCGAAUCAACUCGCGAGAACUGCGUUGCGGCAUUGUACGCACUGAGCUACGGAAGCAUGAGAUUCAAAGGAUUGGCGAAGGAAGCUGGAGCCAUGGAGGUUUUGAGGGAGAUUGUCGAGAGAGGAAGCGAGAGGGCGAGAGAGAAAGCAAAGAAGAUAUUGGAGAGAAUGAGAACGAGAGGGAGAUUCGAUGAAGACGACGAUGACGAUGACAAUCCCGACGGCGAGUCGGGUUUUGAGAGAGGUGGACUCAGUUCCACUCGGUACCCAAUCGGUGGUGGAAGAUUUCCCAGCUCGGCCAAUACGGUGCCGUUUUGACAACAAUUCCUUCUUCUAGAUGUGUUCUUUUGGGUUUUGAUUAUUGGGUUUGUUCCCUUGUUUGUAAACUAAUGUAAUUAAUGGUUUUUUCCCCUCUAAAAACCCUUCAAGUUAGAUUCGAAGAAUAUGUAUUCUAUUUAUUUUUAA